AUGAACAUCGACGCGAGGCCAGACGCUGCGAUCCAAAUUAGACUUGGGGCGAAAGCCAUGGCACCGGAAUCUGGGGGCGGUGCUGGAGCAUCGAAUCCCAGCUCAAAGCAAAAGGGGCAAAUUCGAAGCGAAGAGAAGAAGACCCAGUGCUCGCUCGCGCGGCCGAUCCGAUUGAUCGAUUCUUUAGUGCGAAUUGUUCCAAAAGUUUGGCACUCCAAAGAUCCCAAGGGGCGGGAAAAGGCAGGGCGGAUUAGGUCUAGCUUUAGGGCUAAAUCUUGGGCAGCAUUCAUCGGGAGCUUGAUCCUAUGGGGUAUCGGCAACGAGAGAGGUGGGCAUUUUCCUUUUGUCGACUGCUUCUACGGCAUCACGUCGGCACUAUGCCUCUCGGGACUUACCACUGUUCCUGUAGAAGACAUUCCACCCGGAGGACAAGUAGUCCUCAUGAUCAUGAUGUUGCUGGGCAGCCAAGUUGUGACUUCCAGUGUGCCAUUGCUCGUCAAGAAACACCGCUACUGUCGAGUUGCCAGAAUAGCCAUCGAUCCCAGUGACCAUGAACUGGUCGGACCACCAACACCACCGGUCGUAGAGGUUUUGGUUCCAGAAACUUUCUCUCGCUCCGAGCCUCGGGUGGAGGAGCUGCAGCACACUUCGUCAAAGUGGACCAUGGUAGCAAAGCGAGGCUCACAGGUGCUCGAGAAACUCGGCAGCAAGAUCAAGCGCAGAGCCGAGGACGAGGCCUGGAUGGCCGAGAUGGCUACCAAGCAGCAGGCCGAGCACUUGACAGAAGUUUUCCAGGAGCACCAGGCCACCAUCGUGCUGAUCCGGAUCAUCGUCAUCUAUGGAGUUGUGGUUCAUCUCAUGGGGUUCUUCAUCGCCUGGCUGAGCAUUCUCUGCGGACGGCCAUACCCCAGGAACUUGAUCCGGCACAACAAGAAGACCAACCUCGGAUUCUUCUCGCUCUUUGCAGUGGUCUCGGCAUUUUGCAACGUAGGAUACAUCGCUUCCAACGAGAACUUGAUGCCUUUCAACUCGUCGCUGGUCCUGCUGCUCGACAUGAUCCUGCUGAUCAUGCUCGGCAACGGAAUUUACCCACCGUGUCUACGAGGAAUCAUCCGACUGCUCCAUCACUUCUCCAAAGGCAAUACAAAGCAAGCGUGUGAGUUCCUGCUCGACCAUCCCCGCAAGUGCUACACGCAUCUCUUUCCUCCCAACACGACGAGGUGGCUGCUCAUCUCCUUUUUCGGAUUGAACGGGUUUGAGAUUUGCGUCAUCUACAUCCUCGACUGGAACUCCACAGCCUUCGACGGCCUUGAUACUGGUGAGAAGAUCGUUAACGGCAUCUUUCAGUGUGUCAACACUCGUAGCGGCGGCAUGAACUCCGUCGCCAUCACAGGUCUUUCGCCCACAACGCUCUUCAUCUUUGCUGUCAUGAUGUACAUUUCGGCUUACCCCGUCUUCUUAUCCCGGCAAGCCACAAGACAAAAGUCCGUCGACGACGAGGGCGCCAUCUCUCACCUCUCAGCCCGCAAGCAGCGUGACAUCCUCGACACCACCCUCGCGACACAAUUCCGGAGGCUCCUCGCGCAGGACACGGCGUAUCUCUUCCUCGCAACGUUCUUCAUUUGCGUCUCGGUGAACCACGGCCUCAAACACGAUCCACUCAACUACAACAUCUUCAGUGUCAUCUUCGAGAUCAUCAGUGCCUACGGUGGUGUGGGACUGUCGUAUGGAUAUAGCUGCAGCUUGAGGAUGGAGCCCGGCUACUGCGUGGACGAGCCCGUGAGCUUCUCAGGCAAGUGGGGGUUUACUCCCAAAAUCAUCAUGAUCGUAGUCAUGCUCCUCGGCAGGCACCGAGGCCUCCCUGAUAACAUUGAUUCCGCAAUUUUACUCCCCGAGCAGAAAUUCAGCAACAUAAUGAGAAGGCAGACCAGUGAAUGA